GCGGCGCCAUGGACGGCGGCGCGUUCGGCGCGGGCAAGGCCGGCGGCGCCUUCGACCCGCACGCCUUCGUGCGGCAGCCGCACACGCUGCUGCGGAUGCUGUCCUGGCUGUUCUCCAUCGUGGUGUUCGGCUCCAUCGUCAACGAAGGGUACGUGAACCGCCUGGACGAGACACAAGAGCACUGCAUUUUCAACCGCAAUCGCAACGCUUGCAACUAUGGCAUUACGGUGGGGGUCCUCGCCUUCCUCAGCUGCCUUCUUUACCUGGCUCUGGAUGCCUACUUCCCCCAGAUCAGCAGCGUCAAGGACCGCAAGAAGGCGGUUCUCUCGGACAUUGGAGUCUCUGCCUUUUGGGCAUUCCUGUGGUUUGUUGGCUUCUGCUUUCUGACCAACCAGUGGCAAGUUUCAAAAGAGGAGGACAACCCAAUGAAUGAGGGAGGCGAUGCAGCCCGAGCGGCCAUCACRUUCUCGUUCUUCUCCAUCUUCACCUGGGUGGGCCAGGCGUUCCUGGCGUAUCAGCGUUUCCGCCUGGGUGCCGAUUCGGCCCUCUUCUCCCAGGACUACAUGGACCCGAGCCAGGACUCCGGCAUGCCUUAUGCUCCCUACACGAAUGAGGAGGAUGCCACGGACACGGUGGGGACGUACCAGCAGCCCCCUCCGGCAGACGCUUUUGACACGGAGACACAAGGGUACCAAACGCAGAACUACUGAGCCACCGAUGCCCCUGCCCCUGCCCCUUUCCCUUCUGCCCCUGUCCCACUGCCGGCAGAAAGCCAAGGCACAAAACAGACACGUGCGUAGUGGCACAAGAGGUGGCUCUCAGCUAUGCUCCAGCCUUCUGAGUCAUCUGUUUUUAUUUAUUGUUUUUAAAAAAGAAAAAAAAAAAACAAAGCGCCCCAUUAUUUCUUCCUUCUCCUGCCCUCAGAGUUAUCCACCAGAACCAAGUUGUUCCAAAUGUGUCCCUGUGUUGCAGCAAGAAGGGUCCCCCUUUCCCUUCUCCCCCUCCUCCCCCUCCGCAGGGASGAAGGAUGCGGUUCAUUCCCUUGGUGGACAGGAGAGAUUUGGGGUUUUGGCACCAGCAGAACCGAGGAAAAAGGUGCUAGGGUAGGAAAGGAAGGCGUGAGAGGAAACAGGAACCAAGAGGUUCCUGGGCGAGCUAGUGCUGUUAAAGGCUGGAGCAGAUGUGGGAGCAUCCAGAGUGGCCCCAAGGGCUGGUUGCCCAGGGAUGGGGGAGGACAUGAGGUGGCAAUAGGGGGGCAGGGGUGACAAGGAGCAUGCAGGCAUGCACGGGGCGGGUGGGAAAGGGUCCCCACGCGGGCGCGCAGAGACAAAGGUGCUUUUCUCUCCCGCRCUGGUGAGGGAGGGAUGCUUUAUUUUUAGAGGAUAUGGGGAGGAAUGGUAUCAAACAGGGUGGGAGGGAAAGGGGGAGGGAGCACAGAGAGAGAAAGUGGAAGGGGAAGGAGGAGGAUUUGCAGGUACAGUCAAAACCAGAGACACAUCUGUAGAUUUAAACAGAAGAGACUCGGCAGAGUAGAGGCACAGUACCACGAGGGUCACCGUGUCCUCAGCUCCUUUUUGGACUGAGUUUUGGAUUGAGCCGGUUGUGUUUUUUUCCCUGUCGUCUGUCUGUCCUAGUUGCAGCUCUUGGCAGCGUAGCAGGGUGAGGCAGGACAGGGAGGCUGCRUCCCUGGCACCACAGGAGGGACGGAGGAGGUGUGUGUGCCUAGGAAGUCCUUGGC